AUGUCGGCUCCUGAGUCAGACCAGCCAGGGCGUCUGAUCUCGCAUUUUCGUAAUAGAGACAGCAAGCAACAGUUAUCUGGAUGGACGGAACUAUGGGAGACGGAUCAGUCCGACCUGUGGGAUCGUGGCAAGCCCUCCUCUGCCCUCAUCGAAUUCAUCGAGUCCAAGCCCGAGGUUCUUUCCAACAUAGGUUGCGGCAAAGGCUACGAUGUUGUAGCCUUAGCCCUGCAUGGUUUCGACGCCUAUGGUCUUGAAAUCUCCAAGAAGGGAGCUGUGACGGCACGGCAAUACGCAGCAUCGGAGCUGGCAGAGCCAUGCGAUUACAAUUAUCAUAACUUGGACACGUGGCAGACGGGCGAUGUUGAAGACGUGACCAUCGUCGUAGGAGAUUUCUUCCAGGAGCCUCGGGAGGUUGGGGUGUUCGAUCUCAUUUAUGACUACACAUUCUUGUGUGCGCUGCAUCCCUCCUUGCGCCAGGCAUGGGCCCGUCGAAUGCACGAGCUCCUGUCACCGGACGGAGUGUUGAUCUGUUUGGAGUUUCCCCUCUACAAAGAUCUGGCUCUGCCUGGACCUCCAUGGGGCUUGAAAGGUGUUUAUUGGAACCUGCUGGCGGUGGGAGGAGACGGCAUCAUCGAUAGGCCUUGUGAGGAAGACGCUGACCAAGAGGGCCCGUUUCGAAGGCUGGUUUACUUCAAGCCCCCAGUGUCUUACGAGAAUGGUAAGGGAACGGAUCUGGUCAGCGUUUGGUCCAAAUUACCGUGGCAAUUUCCUGCCAAUACCAAUGAGGGGGAACAAGGGUAA